AUGGGGUUUUUCGAGUUAUCCCGAGUUUUUUUCAUCUUAGCCUUGGUGGUUUCUCUUCUUUAUUUGUUCUUUAGACUAUUAUUCUCUUGCUGGGUUCUUCCCAUUCGAGUUUACCGUAAGAUUAAGAAGAAUGGGUUUGAUGGUCCAAUUCCUAGUUUCCCUCUGGGGAAUAUUACGGAGAUAAAAAUUAGUAAGAAUGUCAAAGAUUCUUCGUUUGGAUUCUCUGGUAUUUCCCAUGAUAUACACUCCACUGUGUUUCCUUAUUUUGCUAACUGGCAAAAGAUUCAUGGAAAAGUGUUCAUCUACUGGCUGGGGACUGAGCCUUUUCUAUACAUUGCUGAACCGGAGUUUCUUAGAAAAAUGUCUUCGAGUGUUCUGGGGAAAAACUGGGGAAAACCCACGGUGUUUAAACGUGAUAGGAAGCCGAUGUUCGGGAGUGGACUUGUGAUGGUUGAAGGAGACGAUUGGGUUCGUCAUCGCCAUGUUAUCACUCCGGCAUUUUCCCCAGCUAACUUGAAGGCUAUGACAAGCUCGAUGGUGGAACCUGCCAAUUUGAUGCUUGACGAGUGGACAGCCCUAAUAAGCUCCGGUCGAUCUGAAAUCGACGUCGAAAGAGAAAUCACAACAACGGCGGGGGAGAUCAUAGCGAGGACCAGCUUCGGGUUGAGCAACCAAAAGGGACGUAAAGUGUAUGAAAAAUUGAGAGCCAUGCAAAUCACCCUUUUUAACUCCAACCGAUACGUGGGCGUUCCUUUCAGCAAAUGGCUUUGCCUUAAGAAAACCCUAGAAGCCAGGAAACUUGGCAAAGAGAUAGACCAACUCCUUUUAUCCCUCAUCGUCGCUCGUAAAAUGACUUGGGACGGAUCCACUCAGAAGGAUUUGUUGGGUUUAUUGAUGGAAGGCAGCCACGCUGACGGCGGUGCUGGGAAGAGCUUGACGACGAGGGAGCUUAUCGAUGAGUGCAAGACUUUCUUCUUUGGUGGCCACGAAACCACCGCGUUGGCACUCACUUGGACCUUGCUGGUCUUGGCCUUGUAUCCUCAAUGGCAAGACCAACUGAGGGAGGAAAUCAGAGAGAUGAUCGGAGAUGAUGGUGAGAUCGAUUUUACUCGACUCUCUAGCUUAAAAAAGAUGGAAUGGGUGAUGAAAGAGGUGCUAAGACUAUACUCACCAGCACCAAAUGCACAAAGGCAAGCAAGAGAGGAUAUAAAGGUGGAUGAUCUUAUUAUCCCUAAUGGAACCAACAUCUGGAUCGACGUUGUGGGGAUGCACCAUGAUCCGGCGUUAUGGGGCGACGAUGUAAACGAGUUCCGACCGGAGCGGUUCGAGAAUGAUAGUCUGUACGGAGGGUGUAAGCACAAGAUGGGGUACUUGCCAUUCGGGUUCGGAGGGAGGAUGUGCGUUGGGAGGAAUUUAACGAUGAUGGAAUACAAAGUUGUAUUAACUCUUAUGCUUAGGAGGUUUUCCUUUUCAACGUCUCCUAAUUAUCGCCAUUCCCCUUCUACUCUUCUUUCCUUGAGGCCUAGACAUGGACUGCCUCUCAUAGUUCAACUCAUUUAGUCUUUUUUAAAUG